UUAAGGGAGCUCGGUCUGGGGUGGCGCUUUCCUCCGCGAAGGCUCCUUUGAUAUUAAUAGUGUUGGUGUCUUGAAACUGACGUAAUGCGCGGAGACUGAGGUCCUGACAAGCGAUAACAUUUCUGAUAAAGACCCGAUCGCACUGCAAUCUCGAGCGUCCUCUGUUCUGGUGCUGCCCCCCUUUCUCCGGACCUCGCGUCCUCCCGAUCGCCCUCUCGCCUUCCUAUUUUCUUUUUCUUUUUCGUUCUUUCUUCUUCUUCUUCUUCUUUUUUUUUAAACAAAAAACAACACCCCCUCCCCUCUCCCACCCGGCACCGGGCACAUCCUCGCUCUAUUUCCUUUCUCUUUCUUCUCUCUCUCUUUUUUUUUAUAAAGGGAGGGGGAGGGGAGGGAAAGGGGGGGAGGCAGGAAAGACCUUUUUCUCCCCCCCUCCCCAAAUAAUCAAAAAUCAACUCUGCAAACAACAGAAGACGGUUCAUGGCUCUGGCCGCCGCGCCACCAUCUUUCGGGCUGCCGAGGGUGUUCUUGACGAUUAAUCAACAGGCCUCAGAAUUGAUACUUUUGAAAGUUUUUGAGUUAAGAGCCAUGGAUCUUAAUGAUGAAUCACAGUUAUGAUAGAAUAUCCAACCUUAUCGUAUUUUGGAAAAUCACGGCUAGAGUUUGAAGCAAGAUAUGGUCCGGAAAAAGAACCCCCCUCUGAGAAACGUCGCUAGCGAAGGCGAGGGCCAGUGCCUGGAGCCUUUGGGUACAGAGAGCAAAGUGUCUGGGAAGAGCAAAGAAUUUUCUGCAGGUCAGAUGUCAGAAACCACGGAUCAGAGCGAUGCUGCAGAGCUGAACAACCAGGAGGAGCCUGGCUCGCACGUGCAAGAUGCGUCGUCUAGCAGCAAGAAGGACUUAAAGAGUGAGAAGGCUGGCUUCAAUUAUGACAGCCCCAGUAAGGGAGGGAGCCUUCCCUCCUUCCCACACGAUGAGGUGACAGACAGAAAUAUGUUGGCUUUCUCAUCUCCGGCUGCUGGGGCAGUCUGUGAGCCCUUGAAGUCUCCUCAAAGAGCAGAGGGAGAUGACCCUCCAGACAUGGCCUGCACCCCAUCCGGGGAUUCAUUGGAGACAAAGGAAGAUCACAAGAUGUCACCAAAGGCUACCGAGGAAACAGGGCAAAUGCAGAGUGGUCAAGCCAAUUGCCAAGGUGUAAGCCCAGUUCCAGUGGCCUCAAAAAACCCACAAGUGCCUUCAGAUGGGGGUGUAAGACUAAAUAAAUCCAAAACUGAGUUCCUGGUGAAUGACAACCCAGAUCCGGCACCUCUGUCUCCAGAGCUUCAGGACUUUAAAUGCAAUAUCUGUGGCUAUGGUUACUAUGGCAACGACCCCACAGAUCUGAUUAAGCACUUCCGAAAGUAUCACUUAGGACUGCAUAACCGCACCAGGCAGGAUGCUGAGCUGGACAGCAAAAUCUUGGCCCUUCAUAACAUGGUGCAGUUCAGCCAUUCCAAAGACUUCCAGAAGGUGAACCGUUCCGUGCUUUCUGGUGUGCUGCAGGACAUCAACUCUUCAAGGCCUGUUUUACUCAAUGGGACCUAUGACGUGCAGGUCACUUCAGGUGGAACAUUCAUUGGCAUUGGACGGAAAACACCAGAUUGCCAAGGAAACACCAAGUAUUUCCGCUGCAAAUUCUGCAAUUUCACUUAUAUGGGCAACUCAUCAACUGAACUAGAACAACAUUUUCUUCAGACUCACCCAAAUAAAAUCAAAGCUUCUCUCCCCUCCUCUGAGGGUGCGAAACCUUCGGAGAAAAAUUCUAACAAAUCCAUCCCUGCCCUCCGCUCCAGUGACUCUGCAGAGUCGGGGAAGUGGCAGGACAAGAUCACGGUCAAGGCGGGAGAUGACACUCCGGUUGGCUACUCAGUGCCCAUCAAGCCCCUCGAUUCCACGAGACAAAAUGGUACAGAGGCCACCAGUUACUACUGGUGUAAAUUUUGUAGUUUCAGCUGCGAGUCGUCUAGCUCACUGAAGCUGCUGGAACAUUACAGCAAGCAGCAUGGAACAGUGCAGUCAGGAGGCCUUAAUCCAGAGUUGAAUGAUAAGCUUCCCAGGGGCUCGGUCAUUAAUCAGAAUGACCUAGCCAAGAGUGCAGAAGGGGAGCCCCUGACCAAGGCAGACAAGGGCUCGAGUGGGGCGAAGAAGAAGGACUUCUCCAGCAAGGGAGCAGAGGAUACCAUGGUCACAAGCUAUAACUGUCAGUUCUGUGACUUUAGAUAUUCCAAAAGCCACGGUCCCGAUGUGAUCGUCGUGGGGCCUCUUCUCCGCCAUUAUCAACAGCUCCAUAACAUUCACAAGUGUACCAUUAAGCACUGUCCAUUCUGUCCCCGGGGCCUUUGCAGCCCAGAAAAGCACCUUGGGGAGAUUACUUACCCAUUCGCUUGUAGGAAAAGUAAUUGCUCCCACUGUGCGCUCCUGUUGCUGCACCUGUCCCCGGGGGCGGCGGGAAGCUCGCGGGUCAGACACCAGUGCCACCAGUGCUCCUUCUCCACGCCCGACGUCGAUGUGCUGCUCUUUCACUAUGAGACUGUGCACGAGGCCCAGGCUGCGGAUGUGAAACAGGAGGCCAGUCACCCGCAAGGACCAGAGGGGCAGCAGGCCGUCAGGGAGAGCAAGGAGCACUCAUGUACCAAAUGUGAUUUUAUAACCCAGGUGGAAGAAGAGAUUUCCCGACACUACAGGAGAGCACACAGCUGCUACAAAUGCCGCCAGUGCAGCUUCACAGCUGCCGACACUCAGUCACUACUGGAGCACUUCAACACUGUUCACUGCCAGGAGCAAGACAUCACUACAGCCAACGGCGAAGAGGAGGGGCACGCCGUCUCCACCAUCAAAGAGGAGCCCAAGAUUGACCUCAAGGUGUACAGUCUGCUAAACCCAGACUCUAAAAUGGGGGAGCCCGUUUCCGAGAGCAUAGUGAAGAGGGAGAAACUAGACGAGAAGGAAGGGCUCAAAGAGAAAGUUUGGACUGAGAGUUCAGGGGAUGAGCUCCGCAGUGUGACUUGGAGAGGGGCGGACAUCCUGCGAGGCAGUCCAUCCUACACUCAAGCAAGCCUGGGGCUUCUCACGCCCGUGUCUGGCACCCAAGAGCAGACCAAGACUCUGAGAGAUAGCCCCAAUGUGGAAGCGGCCCAUCUGGCGCGACCUAUUUAUGGCUUGACUGUGGAGACCAAGGGAUUCCUGCAGGGGGUGCCAGCUGGCGGAGAGAAGUCCGGGGCCCUCACUCAGCAGUAUCCUGCAUCCGGAGAAAGCAAAACCAAGGAUGAAUCGCAGUCCCUGUUACGGAGGCGUAGAGGUUCUGGUGUUUUUUGUGCCAAUUGCCUGACCACAAAGACCUCUCUCUGGCGAAAGAAUGCAAAUGGCGGAUAUGUAUGCAACGCGUGUGGCCUCUACCAGAAGCUCCACUCGACUCCCAGGCCUCUAAACAUCAUUAAGCAAAACAACGGUGAGCAGAUCAUUAGGAGAAGAACAAGAAAGCGCCUUAACCCAGAGGCACUUCAGGCUGAGCAGCUCAACAAACAGCAGAGGGGUAGCAAUGAGGAGCAGGUCAAUGGGAGCCCGUUAGAGAGGCGGGCAGAAGACCACGUAACUGAAAGUCACCAGAGAGAAAUUCCACUCCCAAGCCUAAGUAAAUAUGAAGCCCAGGGUUCAUUGACUAAAAGCCAUUCUGCUCAGCAGCCCGUCUUGGUCAGCCAAACUCUGGAUAUUCACAAAAGGAUGCAACCUUUGCACAUUCAGAUCAAAAGUCCUCAGGAAAGUACUGGAGAUCCAGGAAACAGUUCGUCUGUGUCUGAAGGGAAAGGAAGUUCUGAGAGAGGCAGUCCCAUAGAGAAGUACAUGAGACCUGCAAAGCACCCAAAUUACUCACCACCAGGCAGCCCUAUUGAAAAGUACCAGUACCCGCUUUUUGGACUCCCCUUUGUGCAUAAUGACUUCCAGAGUGAAGCUGAUUGGCUGCGGUUCUGGAGUAAAUAUAAGCUCUCCGUUCCUGGGAAUCCGCACUACUUGAGUCAUGUGCCUGGCCUACCAAAUCCUUGCCAAAACUAUGUGCCUUAUCCCACCUUCAAUCUGCCUCCUCAUUUUUCAGCUGUUGGAUCAGACAAUGACAUUCCUCUAGAUUUGGCGAUCAAGCAUUCCAGACCUGGGCCAACUGCAAACGGUGCCUCCAAGGAGAAAACGAAGGUACCAGCAAAUGGAAAAAAUGAAGGUCCCUUGAAUGUAGUAAAAACAGAGAAAGUUGAUAGAAGUACUCAAGAUGAACUUUCAACCAAGUGUGUGCACUGUGGCAUUGUCUUUCUGGAUGAAGUGAUGUAUGCUUUGCAUAUGAGUUGCCAUGGUGACAGUGGACCUUUCCAGUGCAGCAUAUGCCAGCAUCUUUGCACGGACAAAUAUGACUUCACAACACAUAUCCAGAGGGGCCUGCAUAGGAACAAUGCACAAGCAGAGAAAAGUGGAAAACCUAAAGAGUAAAACCUUAGCACUUAGCACAAUUACAUAGAAAUAGGUUUUCUUGAUGGGAAUUCAAUAGCUUGUAAUGUCUUAUGAAGACUUAUUAAAAAAAAAAAUACUUCAUAGAGUCUGCCUUAUCCAACAUGAAA